UAAUGUACCAAAGUGGAAAAUCAAUAGGCAAUAUAGGUGGAAAGUGUUGCCCACGCGAACCAGAGGUGCGAGGAGAGAGAGAGCGAGAGUUCAGAGUUCUCUUUCAACACGAUAAGCAAAAUCGGAGACAAACUUUACUGUUUUUGUAUCAGUGGUUUCGUCUUCUGCAUCGUCUCAAUCAUCCUUAAUCGUUUUUGGAAGCGUGAUAUCGCAGCCAACAACAACCAGCAGUCUGCUAGGUUAGCAAUGGAAUAUGAGGAGGAGAAGAAUUGUCUUCCAGGGACGGUUCCCGAGUUUGGUGCAAUUUUUAUGUCAAACAUUGCCACAAAGAGAGAAUGCCUUAAACGGAAGCUUUUGGGCCUUCCUUCCUCCUAUGCUAACUUUGUAAAACAGGUUAAAGCUGGGAUGGUUUUGUUUCUUUUUGAAUUUGAGAGAAGGGAACUCUAUGGUGUGUUCCGGGCAUGCUCUGAUGGUGGAUUCAAUAUUGCAGCCAAUGCAUUUACUUCUUCAGGGAAGCAAUUCCCUGCACAGGUUCGCUUUGCCCCAUUUUGGUAUUGUAGUCCACUAUCUGAGCAUGAGUUUCGGAAUGCUAUUAAAGAGAAUUACUUUUCUGCAAAGAAGUUCCACUUUGGUCUGUCUGAAGAUCAGGUUCAUAGACUUCUAUCAUUGUUCAGUUCAAGAAGGGAACAUAACAAGCUACCUCCAACACAUUUCGCAAGACAAGACAUGAAUCCUAUGAAGAAGCACGGAAGAGUAGUUGAUGAUGACAAUUUUUUGAUGAGUAACAGGAUAGAAGUCAAGCCUGGCAUGGGAAGCGGUCUUGGGCCAGCCAAUCUGACUGAGUACCAAAGGAACCCUGAGAAUACAGUCGGAAUAGUACAUGAUGACAGGUCUCUGACGAGUGAUCGGGUGGAGAAUGAGCAUAAUGUGUACAAUGGUCCUUUGCCCGAAGUCUCCACUAAGUAUCCCCGGAACUCUUCGGUUAAAAUAAGAAGAAUAGAUGAUGAUGUUGGCAGGUUUUUGGUGAGUGAUGCUGCAGAAAAUGAAUGUAAUCUGGACUAUGGUCUUGGAAGGGUUACUUCGAGUGACUCCCUUGGGGAUUCCUUGUAUAAAGUUAGAAGAACCUCUGCUGAUGGCCAGUUUGUGAUGAGUAAUAGGUUAGAAAGUGAACAUCACACGGACAAUAAUACUUGGCCCAUCAUCUCAUCUGAGUGCCCAGGUGACUCUUUAGGUAGCGUAAGGAGAGUAGCUGAUGAUGGUCUAUUUCCAAUGAGUGAUAGAGUAGGAGAAGAAUGCAAUACAAACCGCGAUCUUGGGUCAGUCACAUCAACUAAGCAUCUAGGAAAUCUUCUGGGUAAAGUAAGAAAAGAAAUUGAUGAUGGCAGGUUUUUAAUGAAUGUUGGAGUGGAAAAUGAACUUACUUUUGACAAUUGUCUUCGGCCAGCCAUCUCUGGUAACCUUCGAGGUGAAGUAAGAAGAGCUGCUGACGAUGGAAGGUUUUUAGUGAAUGAUAAGGUAGAAGAUGAAAGUCGUGUGGAAAAUGGUAUUGUUCCCGGGAUUUUGACCAAGUCCCUUAGGAGUCCUCUGGGUAAAGGAAGAAGAUCAAUAGAUGAUAGGAGGUAUUUGAUGAGUGAUAGAGUUGAAAAUGAACUGAAUUUGGAGAAUGGUAUUGCACCGGUUAUCUCGUUUGAGCACUUAAAGAAUCCUCUUGAUAGAGUAAGAAGAGCAACUAAUGAUGGGUGGUUUUUGACAAGUGACAGGAUAAAGAAUGAAUUUAAUGUGGAUGACGGUAGUGGGGCAGUCAUUUCAUCUGAUGAGUACUCCAGAUACCAUCUGGGUAUUGUGAGAGGAGCAGCUGAUGAUGGUGGAUUUGCAAAGAGCGAUAAGUUAGAGCACGGAACAAAUUUCGGAAACCGUUUUAGGCCUGUUGUUUCGAGUGAGUACACUGCUUUAUGUCAGGCUAAGCAAAGUCCGUUCGUCUAUUCGAGCAAUCACAACUUAGAAACAGAUUAUGCCUUGGUUCAAGAUCAAGUUUCGCAUUCUUCUGCAUAUUCUCGAUCGAUUGAACCACAAAAUUUUGACUUCUUUCAUCCAUCAUCGCAUGAUGCAAUUGCUACAAGAGCAGUUCCCUAUGAUCCUGAAGUCCCCAAGGCUCAUUAUAGUCACUCACCGUCAUUUGGGGUAGAUUACAAUUCUGAUGCAGCACAAGACUGUUCUCGUUACUAUGGUUCUCUAAGGAAUCUUGCUUCUUCAACUCAGAACCAACUUUCACCUUAUCGCCUAGAGUCGAAAGGAUCAAGCAUGUGGCUGGAUACCCCUUCUCGCUAUGGGAAUAAAGUACCAUUGCCUACCACCUCCAACCACCACAAUUUCUCCGACCUUAGAACCAGCAAUUCUUCGUCAUGUGCUGGUUAUUCUGAAAACAAGGAACUAGAAUACUCUGAGAGGGCUUUUGUGCAUUCUUCAAGACGUGAGAUUUAUGGAAGUGAAAACAUGGGUGCUUUAUCUCAUGCCUUCACCAGUAAGGAUCCAUCUUUCAUUUUUGAUGAAGGGGAUGUUUCAGCAUUGCGAGAAAAAUACAAGCAAGAAAAUUCAUGGGAUGAUGGUGGGGGAGCAUCCCAUCUAAAAGACUUUCCGUCCCCUAACAAUAGUAGGUACCAUUUGCGGCGUGGUGCUUUUUCUUCAGACUCUCAAGUUAACCGCUGCCAUGAUAAAGAUUCAACCAAUUAUACUAUGGAAUUCUAUCAAAGUUCUGAAGGUGUACCUUGUGAUAAUCGGAAGAGCAGAGUUAGCGUCUUUUCUCGUUUAACUUCAGCUCCAGAAGUGUGCUUAAAGGAGAAUAAUACCAAUGCAUGCCACGAUGAAAGUGGUACGGAUGUAUCUUUGAAUGAAGUCGUGAACAUGUUAAAGCAGAGUCAGAAUCACCGGAUGAAGAGGAUUAGAAAAUCUAAUCCUUUAGUUAAUCGACACUCUGAUGACAAAAUUUCUGGGAUUAAGAAGCAGACCUCCAUUUGCAAUCAGUUGGAUGACAAACUUUCUGAGAUUAAAAAGCAGACCUCCAUUUGCAAUCAGUUGGAUGACAAAAUUUCUGGGAUUAAAAGGCCUAAGUCCAUUUGCAAUCAGUUGGAGUAUGAUCAGUCAAGGAUCAUGAUGAAGAUGAAAAUCGAUGCUAAUCUACCUGUCACGGAGAAUGGUUGCCAAUUGGCUGAAGAGACACGACUUGUAGAUUUUAAACGCCGGAGUGAAAAAAUGAAAACUCCGGAUGGAAUCAAGAGACAAGGUAAGGCAAAUGGUUCUGUUCAUAAUGAAGAUGGUGAGGGCUUGGUGGAUCAGCCGCGCAAGCGCAGAAAGUUGAUUAGGCCAGUCUUCUUCAGCAAAAAAGAGGCAUUUGAUGGAGGAAUAAGCGGUGACAAGGCCCAAAAUUUGCUGAGGUCGUCUCAAGAACAUGUCAUUUGCAAAGAUAAUCCUGGAAAUUGUGAUGAUUCAGUGAGUAGUCAUAAAAAAAGCAACAGGAAAUAUCAAAAUGCCAGAUUGGUACAUGGGGUGUCUCCAACUUCUUGUGAAGGUAACAAAACUAGUGCAGAUCAAAGUUCCAAAUGGAGAGGAGAAACAAAUUCAGAAAAUUGUGAGGCAUCUCUUAGAUGUAUUGAAGGCCAAGAUGGAAACAAAGUAUCACAAAAUGUUGACAUUCAAAAUGCAAUUACUCGAACUCAUCCUGAAAUAAUUAAUAAUACUGUUGGCAGUUUGGUUAUUGAGGUGGAUGGAGUGUUUGGAGAUCUUGUUAUGACUGAUCACAGCAAGAAUGCAGACGAGGCACCAACCCUUUCUGCAGUUAUUUAUGAUGUUGUGGGUGGUUUGGGUAUUGAGGAUGCCAUGGUGGAUGAAAUGUCUCGAGAUCUUGGUAUGACUGAUCAUAGCAAGAAUGCAGAAGAGGCACCACCAGACGUACAAUACGUGAACACUAACAGUGAAGAUGGCAGAGGUAAGGGAAAAGACCUGCUCCGAGGUUUUGAAAAUGUGAAUCGAGUUUGUCCGAUCAGAUGUGACACUGCCAUGAAUAAUAAACCAAACAAGAGCUUGUGCUUGCUGGAUUUAAAUUUGGAAAUUGUUCCUGAAGAUUGCGUGGGAAUGUGCUCUACAAGUGGAUAGAGAUAAAGGAAACCAAUGGCACUAAAUUUUGGGACCCGGUAAGCAUCUUUUGAAACUGGCAGCUAUUUCAAUUUGCAAGAACUGUUUGUGUUUAGAGUUUUUGUGCUUCUUCGACAUAAAGCAUUGUCUGUACAAAGAGAGUUUUGCCUUGAAGAAGCUGUCUUUUGCACAAUGCAAGGCUUUGGGAAAUAUGCUACAAUGAAAUGGCUGUUUCCGUUAUGUUUUCAUGUCACACACAUACAUGUGCCGAAUAUUUUGGUUAGGUUGUAAUUUUGAAUGACACGGAAUUUGUCAUCAGACCAGUAAAUCUUACUGUCCCAAAAAUACUACUGUGUUAUAUGAAAAAUGUUUGUAGCUUUAAUAUAUUUCUAAAUAUUUUGAAUUCUUUUGAACUAACCUAAUGAUUAAAUUGUUAUGGCAUCAAGGAAGAAUGUUAUGCUAAAGAAGCCAUAUUUAGGUACCAUGAGCAUUAGAGGUUUAAAAUACUUGUUUACAAGCCAUAUUUAGGUACCAUGAGCAUUAGAGGUUUAAAAUACUUGUUUACAAGUAUUGAAUUUGUGAAGUCUCUUUUUGGGACUAAAGACAAAAAUGAUUGGAGAAUUGAACUUUGUUUUAUACUGGUUAUCUGAAAA